CAUUCUCACCCAGACACCCUCUCCUGCAACUGUGAAGGUCCCUAUAAUUGCAACCAGGCUAACAAUUCCUGUGUGGCUAGAAGAGGUGGUGACACACCUGAAAUUGCCUGCUUGAUCUACAAGGAGUUUCGUGACACUGGAGUGACUGCUGAAGUGUCUCUCUGUUUGGCUGUGGACAAAACGUAUUACCUCAUCAACUGUGCCCCAGAGAGCCAGGUUAGACCUGAAACGCGAGGAGGCAUUCCGUGGAAGACUGUGGUGACCUACUGUUGUACCUCUGACUACUGCAACACCAAAGAGGCCCUGCAGGAAGUAAUUGACGGGUUGGACCCCUCUGUUUUACCUCCAAAUUUUGUAACUUCCGAGACCACUCCUGACGGUGUCACCACCGCAGUUUCAGCCCCUCCCUCCUCCUCCUCCUCCUCCUCCUCCUCCUCCCCAUCCGAGCAGCCCGCGACCUCCGCGACCUCUUCCUCCUCCUCCUCCUCCUCGUCCUCGGACACUCCGGUCUACGCCAUUGUCGUCUUUGCAGUCCUCUCCCUGACCGUAGUGGUCAUAGUCGCGGUCAUUGUCAUCAUCCUCACACUCCACUUCCUCCCGCAGCGGUUCAGCCACUCUGUGAAGGGCUCUGGAUCCAGCAUCGUGUCGGUGUCCUUCCCCGUGGACUCCAGCUCGUACAGUGACCCCAGUCUCAACGAGCUGCUCGAGGACUCUGGGAGUGGGUCGGGGCUCCCGUUGCUCAUCCAGCGCUCAAUCUCGGGCCAGAUCAGGCUACACAACCUCAUCGGGAAGGGUCGCUUUGGAGAGGUGUGGCGCGGGAUGUACAAGGGCGACCAAGUGGCGGUGAAGAUCUUUCACACCAGGGAGGAGUUGUCGUGGUUCCACGAAGUCGAGGUCUAUCAAACCUGUCUCCUGCGCCACCCAAACGUACUCCGUUUCAUCGCCGCAGACAACCGUGACGUGGGACUCCAGAUGCAGCUCUGGCUCAUUAGCGACUACUGCGAGCUGGGGUCUCUCUUUGACCUCCUCUCUCGCGAGACCUUCUCCCAGGCCACUGCGUUCAAACUCUGCCACACGGCCGCGGGCGGGAUCGAUCACCUCCACACCGAGAUUGUCGGCGCCCAGUGUAAGCCGGCAAUCGCUCACCGGGACCUGAAGAGUCGGAACAUCCUGGUGAAGAGCGACUACUCGUGCUGCAUUGCUGAUCUCGGACUCUCGCUCACCUACGAACAGGCGACUGGGGUGGUCAAGACACCGCCGCGGACGACUGUUGGGACGAGGCGCUACCUGGCACCGGAAGUCCUCACGGAGAGCAUCACCAUCAAGAACUUUGAGAGCUUCAAGAGAUCAGACAUCUACUCGUUUGGUCUGGUCAUGUGGGAGAUUGGCCGUCGAGCCGAGUGCAAUGGUCAUGCUGAAGAGGCUCAGUUGCCGUACUUUGACCUCAUCCCCAGUGACCCAACCCUGGAGGAGGUCCAGAGAGUGGUGGUGGAGGAAGGACGGAGACCCUCUCUCCCAAACCCAUGGAACCAACAUGAGGUGAUGGUAGGGUUAUCCAGGAUCAUCCAGCAGUGCUGGCUACACGAGGCCCAAGCCAGGCUCACGUCUCUCCGCAUCAAGAAAAGCCUUGCAAACCUGCGAGAACUCCUCCGAGACACAAAGGAACCUGGCCAGCCCUGAUCAACCCCUUCCCUGCAGUAGUGUAUAUAUAAUCAAAAACAGCCAGCACCACCCCUCCCUAGCUGUCCAUCCCUGUCUUUAUAUUAUUUGUUUCUUUAUACAGAGAAGAAUUAUGCAUGUAUGAACGUAAAUACAAGUGUUUCAGAUUUUUGUUAUUGAGAUGUGUCUGUGUUUAAAACGGUCUUUGUUCUUUCUUCUUUCAAAAAUGUAUUAUCAUCAGUGUAUAACUGUAUUGUGUAAGAGUAACGAAGUCGACUACCAAUUCAUUCCCGCCUACUGAAAUCCCAACUAUCAUGAAUAAAAGUUGGAGUAUAUAUGGAGUGGA